AUGCAGAAUUUCUCUCUCUCUCUCUCUCUCUCUUUCGCUAUCUAUCUACUUCAGUUGGUUUCGUUAUCUAUCUAUCUAUCUAUCUAUCUACUUCAAUUGGUUUAUCUAUCUAUCUAUCUAUCUAUCUAUCUAUCUAUCUACUUCAGUUGGUUUAUCUAUCUAUCUAUCAAACUAUCUAUCUAUCUACUUCAAUUGAUCGGUUCCUUUAUCUAUCUAUCUAUCUAUCUCAGUCCGUUUCUAUCUAUCUCAACUUUUGAUUUCUUUAUUUCUGUCUGUCUGUCUGUCUGUCUGUCUGUCUGUAUGUAUGUAUGUAUGUAUCUAUCAAUCAACUUGGUUUAUCUUUAUCUAUUCAUCUAUCUAUCUAUCUAUCUAUCUUCAUCAGUUGAUUUAUGUAUGUAUGUAUGUAUGUAUGUAUCUAUCUAUCUAUCUAUCUAUCUAUCUAUCUACUUCAGCUGGUUUCUUUCUCUCUCUCUAUCUCUCUAUCUAUCUAUCUUCAUCAUUGGUUUAUCUAUCUAUCUUCAUCAGUUGAUCUAUCUAUCUAUCUAUCUAUCUAUCUAUCUAUCUAUCUAUCUAUCUAUCUAUCUAUCUUCAUCAGUUGAUUUCUUUAUGUCUGUCUGUCUGUCUGUCUGUAUGUAUGUAUGUAUCUAUCAACUUCAGUUGGUUUAUCUAUCUAUCUAUCUAUCUAUCUAUCUAUCUACUUCAAUCUUUUCUUAUCUAUUUCUAUCCAUCUAUCUAUCUAUCUAUCUAUCUAUCUAUCUAUCUAUCUAUCUAUAUAUAUAUAUAUAUAUAUAUAUAUAUAUAUAUAUAUAUAUCUACUUCAGUUGGUUUCUUUAUCUAUCUAUCUGA